AUGGCUGGCAACAAAGCAUCUCAUGAUUCCGAUUACCUGGAUUUUAGUAAAUUGGAGAAAGAAGUUCAGAAUGCAGUUGUGAGUGAAGAGAAAUAUUGGCAGGAGAAUGAGGCAAAGAUCCGAGCUGUAGAACAAAGAGUGCCCACAUAUGAUGACUUCAGAGAAAUGGUUCUGGCUGCCCACCUGAAACCCUUGGACAAGAAAGAUAAGUUAAGCAGCAUUGAGAAAUUCACCCAAGUCUGGAAUCCAUCUGCUCAGAAGUUUCCUAAAUCUUCUCAGACAAAAGAGCAAAUGAUUAGGACUGUUCUGGGGGAGGAGUUAUCUGAGCAAAACAAAUCAGAGGAGAAAUCUGUUACAAAACUCCCUGGUUCUGAAAAAGAGUUUAUCCUACACUGGAGACAUCAUUGCAAAGCUCAGGAAGAUAAAAAGCAAUUUCUCUUUGCUGUUGGUGCACACAAAUUAGCAGAAAUAUUCAGGGUUGAAAUUGCUGGAGAUUUAUUGGGAGAGUUCCUUGAAUGUCUGCAUUGUUUUGAGGUCGGUGAAGCAGGACAAGUAAUAGAGAUUCUAGAGACGUUAACAAAAUCUCAACGGUUUUCUAUCUCAUUGGCAUUUCUCAGCAAGAAAGAGAAAGAGUCAGGUAGGCUUCUGUUUGAAGAGCUGAAGGCUUGUCCUUCUGUGAGUGAUUUCCCUUUGUUGGUGGACAAAUUGGCAAGUUUAGAAAGUGUUUACAAUAAGCACUGGUAA